GCCCAGAAAUCCCCUUCUCUCCGCUGCCACCCCCUUUGCCCUCGAGAUUCCCCAGGGACCCUUCGUGCUCCCGAGUGAGUCAGUUCUGGGAAGUGACAUUGGGCCGGGGAAUCCAGGGCGCUCGGUUCCCAAUUCUCGCAGCCCGCGGGGAGCACGCUGUCCUUCUCCUUCUCCCCGGGAGCGGCUGUGACCCGGCGAUGGCCGAGGCCGUGACCGGGACCGGGCAGGCGGCUGCUGCGGUGUGUCCUCUCCGGCAUCGCGGCACUGUGGGCAGUGUGGCGGCAGUGCCAUAAGUGACCGGGCACCGAGGUGACCGGGGCACCGAGGGGCGCUGAGGAGCCGCCGUUCGCUGCCCAGCCGCCGCAAUGCCAAGGGAAGUGCAGGGAACGCCUCCGGAGCGGGCAGGGAUCCUGGAAAUUCAUUGGGGGUUGCUGGGAACCGCUCUGGGGAACUGAGACGAAGGUGCAGCCGCAGCACAGCGCUGUUGCCCCUUCCCCUUUCAGGACUGACGUCUUCGCGGGGACACUCCGCCCCUCUUGGCGGCUGUGGGGGCUCUCCAGGGCUGCAGCCAGCGGGGCUCUCCCUGACCACAGCCGUGGGGGCCCUCCAGGGCGACAGCUCAGGGGCUCUCAAAGGCUAAAUAUUAAAAAAAAACCCAAAAAAACCCUCUCCGAGCUGCUGUUGAAAGAAGAAGUGAAACCUGCAACUCUUGCGGGGGGGCUGCAGGGACAAGCGGGGUCCCCUUGCCGCGGACCCCGGCCGACCCCUGCCCUGCCCCUGCCCCUGCCCCGCUCCUGCCUGCGGCCGUGACUCCGGGCCGGGGGUUCCCGGGCGGGCAGCGCGGGGCUCGGGGGGGGCCGGCGGGGAGCUGUCCCCAGCCAGGGCCGGCGGGGAAGCCCCGGCCAGGGCGGCCCAACGCCCCUUCCUGGGCGGGAACGGCCGAGGCGUUCUUAGCAGGGCGGCGGCGGCGGUCGGGGCGCAGCGCCAUGAACCGGCUGGGGCUUUUGGGACUGCUCUGCGCGGCGCUGCUGGGCUGCUGGGAGCCUGGUGAUGCCUUAACAUGCUUUGAUAAGCAGUAUAUGUACAAGGGCAGAUGCUGCAACCGCUGUCGGCCAGGGGAAAAGCUGGUCUCUGAGUGCAGUGAAAGAGAAGACUCUGUCUGUGCCCCCUGUGAGAGCGGGCACUAUCAGCCAAGCUGGACCAAGGAGAAGCACUGUGCUCCUCACGAUAUCUGUGAAGGCAAUGCCGGCCUCAUUGAGAAGAUGAAAGGAAAUGCAACACACAACACGGUGUGCCAGUGCCGGGCUGGCACACACUGCUCUGACAUCAGCUGCCAGACCUGCGUGGAGAACCAGCCUUGCCAGCUUGGCUCUGGCUUUGUGGCAGCCAAGGCCAUGGAGCGGAUGUCAUCCCCCUGUGAACCCUGUGCAGAAGGCACCUUCUCCAAUGUCUCGUCUAAAACCGAGCCGUGCCACCCCUGGACAAGUUGUGAGGAGAAGGGGCUGGUGGUGAAGGUGAAAGGGACGAACUCUUCGGAUGUGAUCUGCGAGUCGAGCGGGCGCUCCUCGCUGUCGGUGCUGAUCCCCAUCACAGCUGCAGUUGUCACGUGCCUCGUGGGUGUCUGCAUCUACUGUCUGGUGCACACAGAUUCCAGGCGACGAGUGCCAAAGGAGAUAGAGGCUGGGGAGCACCGAGAGAACCCAGGUACCCAGCAGCCCACGGAGCAGGAUGAGAAUGUCUUGCCUGUGCAGGAGACCCUACUCAGGGGCCAGCCUGUGGCCCAGGAGGAUGGCAAGGAGAGCCGCAUCUCGGAGCAGGAGAUGCUGUGAAGGCGCAGGGCACUGCCCCCGACAGGAGCACAGACUGGACAGCACCAUCUCCUCUGUCCCCUCUCCAGCUGGGGAGGAAAUCUGGCAUAUGGCCUGGCUACAAAUGAUGUAAUGCUGCAAUGGACCAUGGCACGACCACCCCACGGGAAUACCACUACAACUCCUGGUCUGCUCACCUGCACAGGGCUGCCCUGCUGGAGCAAGGCUUGGCUGCCACAGAGCCCCAUCCUGCUUCCUGCCCAGGUGAUGCAACGAAGCCCAGCGCGGCUGCUCACUUGCAGAGCCCAGUGCAGCCCCUGGCCACAGCAGAGUGUCACUGCUGCCAGAAGACCCCAGCACAGAGCCCCGUCUCCCUGCUGGAGAAGCCAGGGCUGGGAAAGGGAGCUGCUGGUGUGAGAUCCCCACGGCAGAGCUCAGUCCCUGGGGUGCUGUGGAAGCUCUGCCCGCGCUGGGGCAGGGCUGCUGGCAUCCGGACAGGGCACCCCGGCCCCUGCGAGCCGCCCAGCGCUGCCGGGCUCCGCGGGACGAAGAAAGGCAGGAGCGGCGGGCCCACGGCCGUGCCCCGGGCCGGGGAUGGCGGCGGGGCCGGAGCGGACACCGGCGUGCGGCGGCCGGGAGAUGGUGCUGCGGGACCGGCGCGGGCUGCGCGGGGCGGCACCGGCACCGCCUGCUCCCGUCCCGUCCCGCCGGGGCUCCGGUGGCCGCGGGGGGCUCUGGCGUUGCCCAGCGCGGGGCCCCCUCCCGCGGCUCCCCCGCACACCCGCCCGUCCGUGCGGGAGCGGCCGCGCUCCGUCACCUCCACCCACUGCUGGCGAAACCGUGUGAUUAAACGUGGUUAUCUGCCCCCGUGCGUGAGCAGCCCCAGCCCCAGCCCCUGCCGCCCACCGGCGCCCCCGAGACCGGCGCUCCCGGCUCUGAUGUUCCGGGAGGGAUGCUUUGGGAAUGGGCGGGUGCUGCCAAGGCAGAGGCUCCCACCAGAGAAGGAAGGGAAGAGAUGCCACCAGCUGUGCCGACCCUCACCGUGUCCCCAGGCCCUCCCCAGCACACCCGGCUGGCCCCACUGCCCUGCAUGCGCUUCCCCUGUGGCUGCCCUCGCUGACCCCCACAGCAGGAGCUGUCCCAGCACAGCCAUGCCCAGCCCGGGUCCCACACCAGAGGAGACGGGAUGUGAGCAGGGCUGCUGCAGCAGGCAGCUCUGUGCCCCUGGCCUGGCUGCUCUGGCAGUGAAAUGCACCAGUGGGGUCCAUCACGCUGCAGGGCAGCACUGCGGGGUGCUGCGGUGCAGCAGUGGAGUCACCCCGGGCUCCAGAGCACUGGUGUGGGGCUGCAGCAGCACUGAGCCCACUGCAGGCUUUAGAUCCUGGGAGCAGCCUCAGCCUGUGACCCUCCACUAUCUGAAUACAGGCAGCACCAC